CGUCCGAGCUCUGUCAUGGCGGCAUCCAGUUUUCAGGCCGGUGUAAAGGAACGGGAUGUUAGGGUUUUUAUUAGCGAGACAAGCGGGUUUGGACGACCCUCUUCGCCUCCGGAGAGCGGAGUCCACACGGAGGGUUUUGGGACUGGAGUUAAACAAAGACAGAGAUGUUGAAAGGAUCCAUGGCAGUGGAAUUAACACCCUUGACAUUGAACCUAUUGAAGCAAGAUACAUGUUAUCAGGUGGUUCAGAUGGUGUGAUUGUACUUUAUGAUCUUGAGAACUCCAGCAGACAACCUUAUUACACAUGUAAAGCAGUGUGUUCCGUUGGCAGAAACCAUCCUGAUGUUCACAAAUAUAGUGUGGAGACUGUACAGUGGUAUCCUCAUGACACUGGCAUGUUCACAUCAAGUUCAUUUGAUAAAACUCUGAAAGUGUGGGAUACAAAUACAUUACAAACUGCAGAUGUAUUUAGUUUUGAAGAAACCGUUUAUAGUCAUCAUAUGUCUCCAGUCGCCACCAAGCACUGUUUGGUAGCAGUUGGUACUAGAGGGCCCAAAGUACAACUUUGUGACUUAAAGUCUGGAUCCUGUUCCCACAUUUUACAGGUUAUGUUUGCAGGUCACAGACAAGAAAUACUGGCAGUUUCCUGGUCACCACGUUGUGAAUAUGUCUUGGCAACUGCAAGUGCUGACAGUAGAGUAAAAUUAUGGGAUGUGAGAAGAGCAUCAGGCUGCUUAAUUACUGUUGAUCAGCAUAAUGGAAAAAAGUCACAAGCUGUUGAAUCAGCAAACACUGCUCAUAAUGGGAAAGUUAAUGGCUUAUGUUUUACAAGUGAUGGGCUUCAUCUCCUUACUGUUGGUACGGAUAAUCGAAUGAGGCUCUGGAAUAGUUCCAAUGGAGAAAACACACUAGUCAACUAUGGAAAAGUUUGUAAUGACAGCAGAAAAGGAUUGAAAUUCACAGUCUCCUAUGGCUGCAGUGCAGAGUUUGUUUUUGUACCAUAUGGUAGCACCAUUGCUGUUUAUACAAUUUACUCAGGAGAACAGAUAACUAUGCUUAAGGGACAUUAUAAAAGUGUUGACUGCUGUGUAUUCCGGUCUAAUUUCCAGGAACUUUAUAGUGGUAGCAGAGACUGCAAUAUACUUGCUUGGGUACCAUCUUUAUCUGAACCAGUUCCUGAUGAUGAUGAGACUACAACCAAGUCACAGUUAAAUCCAGCAUUUGAAGACGCAUGGAGCAGCAGUGAUGAGGAAGGAUGAUUCUCAAUCCUGAGUACCUUUGUGUCUCUACUGAUGAAACUUUUAAAAUGGGACUGUUUUUUGUUGUUACUGUUUUCUUCCUAACUAUGUGAUGACAGCUAAAUUAACCCUGAAUUUGGGUGAUUUUUUUCACCCAUGUUUAAAAUGAGGGUAGUAUUUGCAUGAAAUCCUGAAGCACACUUUUUUUUUUUAAAGAUUUUAUUUAUUUAUUUGACAGAGAGACACAGCGAGAGAGGGAACACAAGCAGGGGGAGUGGGAGAGGGAGAAGCAGGCUUCCUGCAGAGCAGGGACCCCGAUGCGGGGCUCGAUCCCAGGACCCUGGGAUCAUGACCUGAGCUGAAAGCAGACCCCUAACGACUGAGCCACCCAGGUGCCCCCUGAAGCAGACUUUUAUAUAGUUUAUUUAACCAAAAAUAUCUCUUGAUCCCAGUUACUGUAGCCUGGGGCAUCCCCUAUUGUUAUAGUACUCUCUCUUUUGAGACAGAUCCUGGCAACCCCUGGCCCCCGUGUGAGACCUUGAGCACAUUGUGUGAACUGUAAGAUGCAAUCUCAGAGGAUGAGCAAGUAAAGGUUAUCAGCACUGAUUUUCUCCUACUGGCUGUACCAUCACCUUGUUCAUUUUCACUUUUAUGCUGCUUUUACUGAGGACAAUCAUAUAAAAAAUGAUAGUUGAAAAGUUAGCAUCCAAUUUUUAAAUACUUUUUUAUUCACGCAUUCAGUUUUUGCAAUGAUUUCCUUAGCCAACCAUUGUCUAGCUUUAAUUAAAUAUUUUUGGACUCAGUCCAAAAAUUGUGUAUCACAGAAGGUUUUAAUUUGGGGGAAAUCCCAUGUUUUCUUUAUUUUUAUGUGUCAGAUGGUAGCUUGUACUCAUGCUUGAACCUCCCUUCUGUGAAUCUUGUUAAGAUGUGACCAAGUCCUGUUUCAGUCAUUAAAGCAGAAAAUGCCCUGGCAGGAAAUCUGGCUCAACAUGAAAUGUUGUCACAAAAUUUCUAUUUUAUUGUCUACUUUCCUUGUAUAAUAACCCACAAGUGAUUAUCAUGAAGCUAAUCUUACUCCCUUUCUUUCUGAUUCUUCUCAGCAGGAGACUAGGAAAAGAGGUUUUUGUAGCUUGAAUAACAAGUGUAUAGUUGUUGAGUUUUUAAGUGUGUGGUAGGCCUCAUAUCAGACCUUUCUGGGCAAAUGUUUAACAUAUGUUUACUAUACUUGAUUUUCUUAAGCUCUGACCAUUAUACUGUCACUUCCCCCCAACUCCUUAGUGAGGAUGCUUAUGAUCUUUGAGAAUGCUACUGAAAUUGGAAUUUUUUUUUUAUUUAAAAAGAAGUCCUCCUUUAAGCUGCAAAUAACUAUAUUGCUUCUUUCUAGUUAUAUAAAUAUACAUGCUGAUUGUAAAUCAUUCAGACAACAUUAAAACUUACAAAAGAAUAUAAUGGUCACCUGGAAUCAUAUCACCCUAAGGUAACUACUGUUAUCAUUUUGGUGGCCAUUCUUCCAUGCAUCUUUUUUUGACAUAAUUUUACAUAAUGGGAUGUUUGGCUUGCUGUUAUUAUCAUGGAAAUUCCUCUCCUCCCACCUCAGCACUUCCCUCCCCAUCCAGUAAUCCACAGUAUUAACCAUGUAUGCAACAAUCCACAUUAUUAACCAAGUAUGUGUUGUGGACUUGCGAACCAAGAGCAUCUGUUUUUCAAGCUCUGGAUCUGUGUGCCUGCGCUGCUGUAGCUUCCAUGUGACAAGUCUCAGGAUUGGUGAUCUUUUUAGCCCUGCUUUAGGCAGAGAGGAAGCCGAUUUUACCUCCAAAGGGGGAAGGGGAGGGAAAAGGGGGGCAGCUCAGGUAGUGAAUCACAGCCCCACUUUGGGUCUGUCUGCCUGCAUCUGGAGGCUUUAAUCCUACUCUUCAGGUUAUGCUUGGGGGUGACUUAAACUGUUGAAAGUAAAGACCAGCUCUCAGAAAGCCUUAAAGAUUUCCAACUCUCUGGAAAAUAGAGGCUCUCACAGACCCUGAGCCUGUGACCUUUCAUACCCAGCAGCGUAUUAAGCUUUAAGUCAUGAAAAUAGCCCACCAGAAACUCAGUAUAACUACCAAGGCCUCCUUAAGGUAGGAUAGAGCCAAAUCUGGGCUCUCUGAUAUAUUCCACCUGUAGGAGGAGGUGGCUGUCUCUAUCCUCGGUCCUUUGCCAGAUGGCAUGGUUCUGGAGGAUGUCACCACUCCCCUAGGUCACUGGGAAGACACUUGGGAUUAACUGAAUGAACAGCAAGGGAGUACCUAGACUAUGCAAAUGACACUACGAGCCACCAAACAUGAUGGAACUCAGUGGAAUGUUGCUGCUUUCCAUCUCUUAGCCAAGAUGUCCCUAAUAAAGGACGGGACCCAAGAAACAACACACUUGGCCUUCAUGUAGUCAUCUUAGUACUCGAUGCCCUGGCCAAUAAGUAGCUCCAUCUUUACAUUAAUUAUAACUUAUGUUAUAAUUGUUGGGCCAUUGCCUAAAAAUUGUCCCUUUCAGGGAGAAACAAACAAGCAAACUCUGGGACUCUCUUUCCUCACAGAUACCUGAAAUCUAAGUCAAAAUUACACAUCUCCAUCUAUAUUAAGGUCACAAUACAAUGCCUUGCCUGGACACUCCAUAUUACUUUCAGAGUUAUAGACAUUAUUUAUAAUAAGCAAGACACACAUUUUACUUCUCAAAAUACACAAUGCUAGUCUUUUGGAAAAGGUAUUCAAUAGAACUUUCAUGUCCGUAUUAAGUCCCAAAUAGCUGGUUUAAUUAAUAGAUACAGUGGCCUUCUCAAAUAACUCCUUUUCGAGUUCUGCUCCAGUAAAUGGACCUGUGAAGGGUCUCUAUCUUGCUCCAGGCCUUAUUCUCUCUUAAUUCAAGUCCCUUUGGCCAAAUUACACCUCACACCAACUUAGAAAACUUUUCCAUUGCCCUUUCCUGUAUUUAAAGGGAGAAGUGUCUUGCUGCCAUGUAUAUAAACAUUCAUUAUUUAUGAGGCCCUUUUUAUAACAUUUUCCCCUGUCUUUAUAAAUUGUUUAUCAUUCCCCUAUCCCAGAAGGGCUGGAGGCCAUAUCAAGAGUGCAUACUCUUUUGGGACCCAUUAUCCAGAUUGUCCAUAGAUCAGACAGCUGUUCAUCUGAUAUAGGACUCAUUUGAGCCUAGACUUCAACAACAACAACAAAAAAAAACAACAACCCUGUGAGGUAUAGCCACAUACCUUUCUGUUGACUGUUGGUCCUAUUAGCAUUGGUCUGCGUGAUUUCCUUAACUUACAAUCUGGAGACCCAAACCCUCUAAAUAAGCCAUUGCUGCAAAUGCUGAGACCCACGUCACCUCAAGUGGGUACCCUUUUGGAAAGGAUACCCCAGUUCCACAUCCUAGAUAUCACUGCCCCAGUCCAAGACCUCACUGUUAAGAGGUGAGCCCAUGGGUGCCCAUGGGCUGGCUCUCCUAAGGCACAAAUUAGACACAGGACAUUUUUGCUUUUAUUCCUUUGAUAGUAGGGAUCCCAUCAUGGUUCUGAGCUUACUGUCUGCUUAGCCCAUGAUCCGGCUACAGUCUUUGUUUCCUGCCAAAAGGCACACUCCUACCCUCCCAUGCCCAUAGGGAAAUAUGGUAGCGGUUACUACUAUCUUCCAUUCUAAAUAUUAAUGGAGAUCAUUGCUUUCUCCUUAGGCACCUGCCUCAUAUCUGUAAAAUCCUUCAACCCUCUGGGGAGAGAACCAGGUACUUCCCAAGACUUUUCCGCCUCUCAUUUUGUCUCCCACCCUGACCACCACAGCCAUUCUUUUCCUUUUGGCUACAUGAUAUCCCUAAUCUUUACACAUACUUUACUAACUUACCAUUUCAUACCCUGCGACAAAAUAACUGCUGGACCCACCACCUUGAGAUAUAAAUAGAGCGAUAGAGACAGACAUACAUCAUACUUUUAUUUUUUUAUUUUUUUAAAGAUUUUAUUUAUUUAAUUGACAGAGAGAGAGAGAGAGAGAGACAGAGAGAUAGGGAACACAAGCAGGGGGAGUGGGAAAGGGAGAAGCAGGCUUCCCGCCAAGCAGGGAGCCUGAUGUGGGGCUCGAUCCCAGGACCCUGGGACUGUGACCUGAGCCAAAGGCAGACGCUUAACGACUGAGCCACCCAGGUGCCCCUACAUCAUACUUUUAACAUACUUUACAACUCCACCAAGAUACUGUUAGAGACCCCAAGAAUUUCAGAUCUGUUUUCUUGGUUAAUGGCAUCUUAUGCCAUACUCUCUACUAGCAUUGCCUCAAAAUUCCUUGAUAUGAUGCAAGUGUAUUAAUUAUAUUUUCUUAUUUUCUGUAUUCUUGAUACUCUGGCAUUUGUGGCUUUCAUCCUGGCAACACUGCCCCAUUCCAGGACUCACUAAUUUCCACAGAUUAGCAACUGACUCCCCUGAGAGUGAGUCUUUGAUAUACAAACCAAUCAGUCCAGAGUCCACACCCACAACCAUCUUCUUUGUCAAACUCAGUUUGAUCAAACUCACACCAACGCAGUGUUCCUACUGCCCUAAAUGACCGCAGGGCCAGGCCCCAGACAACUAGGGACCACUCCAAUAUCCCAGAGACCACCAAAAUUAUUCAAACUAUCCAAUCCUAAAUUUAUUCAGUGUACCUUCCUGCUUCAUCCAGUCCUUGCCACAAAGCCCCAGCAAAGGCUCUGGGCCACGCUCUGCCUCCCGCUCUGCCUCCCGACUAGCCGUGGUCCUUCUCCAUGUAGCUCUGCAAGGCAUGGUGUGCCCCGCCUCCUGGUUCCAGGGGUCUGUGGGUAUACGCUUUCUUCUUCAUGACAAUCAUUUCUCUGUCUUCGUGUCUUAGAACAAAUCCCAGGUACAAAACUGAACACACUAAGUCAUUCUUUUUAUUAACUGCUCAAUACCACAUCUUGAGAAUGUACCACAAUUUCUUUAGCCAGUCCCCUGUUUAGGACCACAUGUACAAUAGCAAAGAUUGUCAACGCCCUGUUUUCCUUAGGUGAUGUAUUUGGGUGAUAUCUGUAGUUAUUAAAUAUCUUCUUUUCGGGGCGCCUGGGUGGCUCAGUCGUUAAGCGUCUGCCUUCGGC